AUAAACCGUUAGUUGUUUGAGGUAACAACAUAACCAAAUCAAACCGUCAACAAAAUCAUCAAAAAAGUUGGGGAAAAGAAACUUUUGAGAUACUUGUUACCUCAUUGUUGGAAAAAGCACAGAGCGCAUCAAUGGCGGUUUUAGGACUCUCCAACACAGGAGAUAUAUUAUCUUCUUCUUCUUCUUCCAGUUUCUUAGAAUCUUACCACAGGAUUCACUCUUCUUUCGUCCCUAGACAAUGCUUCUCUCCGAGGACUCGCCGGAAAAGCCUCAACAAACGACAGCGUUUCAGCAUUUCCAGCUCCUUGUCCCCAAACAACUCUGCCAAAAUUAAGGUUAUCGGCGUCGGUGGUGGCGGCAACAAUGCUGUUAACCGUAUGAUUGGCAGCGGGUUACAGGGUGUUGACUUCUAUGCUAUAAACACGGAUACUCAAGCAUUGACGCAGUCUACAGCUGAGAACCCAAUUCAAAUCGGAGAGCUUCUAACUCGUGGACUUGGUACUGGUGGAAAUCCUCUGUUGGGUGAACAGGCAGCAGAGGAGUCAAAGGAAGGCAUUGCAAAUGCUCUUAAAGCUUCAGAUAUGGUGUUUAUAAUAGCAGGCAUGGGCGGAGGUACAGGAUCUGGUGCUGCUCCUGUUGUUGCUCAAAUAGCUAAAGAAGCAGGUUAUUUGACUGUUGGUGUAGUCACGUAUCCGUUCAGCUUUGAAGGACGCAAAAGAUCUUUGCAGGCUUUGGAAGCAAUUGAAAAACUUCAAAAGAAUGUUGAUACUCUUAUAGUAAUUCACAAUGAUCGCCUUCUCGAUAUUGCUGAUGAGCAGACACCACUUCAAAAUGCUUUUCUUCUUGCUGAUAAUGUACUUUGUCAAGGCGUUCAAGGAAUAUCUGAUAUAAUCACUAUACCUGGGCUGGUAAAUGUGGAUUUUGCUGAUGUAAAGGCAAUCAUGAAAAAUUCUGGAACGGCUAUGCUUGGAGUUGGGGCUUCUUCCAGUAGGAACCGUGCUGAAGAAGCCGCUGAACAAACAACUCUGGCUCCUCUAAUUGGAUCUUCAAUUCAGUCUGCAACUGGGAUUUUAUAUAACAUUACUGGAGGGAAAGAUAUUACUUUGCAGGAGGUCAAUAGGGUAUCCCAGGUUGUCACAAGUUUGGCUGAUCCAUCCGCCAACAUCAUAUUUGGUGCUGUUGUGGAUGAGCGGUUUAAUGGAGAGAUCCAUGUCACUAUAAUUGCAACUGGUUUCACACAGUCCUUUCAGAAUACUCUUCUAACUAACCCUCGAGGAACAAAGCUAGCUCAUAACAGCAAAGGAACCACAGAAAGCACAGUAUCACCUGAUACUCUAAGCUCGUCAAACUCUCCUUCCACGAAACCUCAACCACCUGCUCGGAAGCUGUUUUUUUAG